GAGCGCGCGAGAGAGAGAGGGAAAGAGGAGAAGGCAUGGGUGGGGUUCUCGAGGACGAAUCGUUUCGCUUUUCUUGCAGGAACGUCUGCAGCAAGUCGUAGUGUAACGAAGGCAACACGCGCGACGUCUCCGAGUGGUAAUGGCCGUGCGUGCCGUUUUCGCGCGUCGAAUAUCUAGUUCAUGCGGCCCUGCCUAAGAAAGAGAGAGAUGGACGUUUCGAGGUCACUCGGGCCUCCUCGCGGGCUUUGAGAGAGCUGCCGAAUCAGUGAAACUGGAGCAGCGAGAGGCUUCGGGGUCGCGCGCGGAUUCAGGCGGAUUCGUCCGUUGCACGUAUAUAUCGACGUUGUUCCACGAAGCCACAAGCUGUCAAGAUCCUCUCGUGUCUGACGUCGGCGAGAGCGCCGAAGGACGACGAGAGAGUACACAAGGUGGUGGUCGCGAUUGCGUCUUAUCAUGCUUAUCGACUGGCCGCAGCACGACGACGACGACGGCGACGACGACGGGGACGGCGACAACGACAACGACGAGCACUGACCUGGCUGAACCUCGCGCCGUGCUCUCACAGCAGCUGCAGCCUUGUCGAGGCUCAAUGAUCGUGAGUCUGGUGUUCCGUGACUCAUUAUUCGCAGUUCGGCAGCGGCUCGCCGCGGAGGAGGCGAUCGUCUCGCGUGGAUUUCGACAUCGUUGCCGCGCAAGCGGACGAGAUACUUUAUUUUUAAAGCGUACCAGUGAUACCCAUGAUGGAGAAAAAGGGACUGCGGAAGAAAGAUAUGCUGAGGAUGGACGGACUCCUGCCUCCGACGCGACGUUUACCAGUUUGCGACGCCGUGUCUGGCGCAUCGGACAAGAAGAAGGACAAGAAGUGGUCUAUAGGCGGAAUUCUGCGACGGAUAUCCUCGAUAAGGGACUACGACAGUUCGUCCAACGACGAAGAGAUCGUCUACUGCAAGAGAACACCGAGGAAACCGACCAAGCUCAACAGGCAGACCGACGGUGUCGUUUUGCACUCGAUAGAGAACAAUCCGGAGCAUGACGACAAGCGGACGAAGGCCGAGAAUAACGUCCGUCACUCGGCGAGCUCUCCGCAGUCGCAGUUGCGCCGCGACUCGCUGCAUUCUCGUAGCAGCGACGGCUCACUGGACGGUUUGGGCAAGAAGACGCGGAAGAACAAGCUGAAGGCGCGAGCUGAGGCGAAGAGGGACAACCUGUGCGCCGACAGCAGCUCCGACGAGGACUGUCGGCGGUCCAACGGCUCGCUCAACCGAUUCCACGGCGCAGAUGGCACGCACAACGGCCAGCGGAACAACAUGUGCAACAGGAAGACGCGAGCCGCCCGUACGGAGCGUUACAUCAAGCGUUUGUCGAGGGACGACGGCAACGGCAGCGGCGAAACAUUAAACGACCCGCCGCACAAGAGAAUUACCUCGGAAUACCCGGCGGAUGACGAGCAGCAACAACAACGCGCCGUUUACGCCGACGUGAACGGAUCCUGCCGGCCACCUGUGCAUCCACGUCGUGCGAUUCCUGUUCCGAAAUCCUCGAGCAAUCGCGCGCAUCCGUUGCUUCAGAGGUCCUCCGUGGAGAGCCUCUCGCGAAUCGACGUGGGUCUGCCCGAUCCUGAGGUCGGGUCCUUCAACGACUUCAGGAGAUAUUCCGCCGGCCAAUACGUCACAGACAUGAAUCAGAAUAACACUUAUGGAAAGAUCUCGUCAAGUGUCGGCGCGGACGCGUACGUGGACCGUUGUCAGGGUGGCAACUUCUUCACUUAUCCCGUGAAGAAUGUCGCUCACUGUACGGAGCCGUUCGACCGCGCUGUCGAGCGCCGAUUGGUCAUCAACCAAGACAAUGAGCCACCUGAGCCGCCGCCGAGGGAUCCACGUUACCGGGUGUUCGGUUACGGGUACAACUCUUGUCCGACCAACAGACACCAACAGAACGUGUCGAGUUGCUAUGAGCGAGGUGACGGCAGGGCAACGUCGAACGUCGCCAACGGUUUGUCGAGAUUGCCGGAUUGGCGGAACUUUCGGUCGUACAGCCUGAACAACGAGGACGAAAUGGUCCAACGGUACGACGCGAACGAGCUGGAGAAUCCGAUGAUACCGAAGCCCCGGAUGAAAGUCUGCAAUUCGUUGGAGUAUGUAAAUAACAGGUACAACUCUAGCCAACACUGCGCGAACGAGUCCCUCCGCAAGGAGACCGAGCUGACGAAGUGCCGGCGUAGGAACAUUCGCAACGAUCACCUGAACGACGUGAAUUUUAGCGCAUGCGUCGCUACCAAUAAUACCUCGGUGAACAUCUGCGAGUCGAGGAACCGCGAAAUCUCUACUCCGAGAUCAUAUUCCGUGCCCGUGGUGUCGACGACCGAUUGGUCAUCCAGGAGGUCUCCUUGCGACCGUGCAGCUUCACACGCCAUCGUCCCGAAACGCGAGGCCGAUAAGAACAACAUCGAGAAGCGCAAGGAAGAAAACCGGCGAAUGACACCAGCCGAAGAGCUGGAGAGACGCAGGAGCUCGAAAAAUCUCGAGGAGGCUCUGUCCGAGCUGGAGGCGAUCUACAACAGCCUCCGUCUCGGCGACGAGGACCUCCUGGACCGCGCUGAACGCCGAAGCAUGGAGGAAUUCAGCCUGAAACGAGGUAGAAGCGAACUGGACGCGGCGGCUGUGAUUAGCCCAGACUCUCCAGACCGAACGAAGGACGACAUGGCCUACCGCCGAAUGCACCCCAAGGAGAGACCCACGUCGUUGUCGGACAUCGCCGGGCAAUCCGCCCUGUCGAACAUCAGCUACCUCAUGGCCUCGCCCGUGCUGUCGCGCAGAGACCCGGAGGACGAUGAUUUGAAGCGCGCGUCGCCGAACGUCAGCUACUCGACCGGUCGCCGCGACGAACCGGACGUCACCCGCGACGACAUGGUCUUCCGCAGUAUUAAUCACGCGAACAAUACUCUCAGAGUGAUCGACCCGCAGCCGCCAUUUGGGAUCCCGCUGGGACCAGUGUCCGCGGCUACGGAGAGCGAUUACCUGCACACGACGCCGACGAAAUCGGAACAGCCGCGCUCGCCGUACAUACCGCAGUGCGAGCCUGACGUGGUCACAGAUGACUUGGCUUACAGGGCUCUGAGGAAGGACGCGGGCGCGGCGCGGAACGGCGCGGUAGAGAGCAAGGCCGAUCCAGCGGCCGGAGUGAGGAAAAAGCGAGCCGUCGUUAGGUCGUUGUCGGCCAAUCUGUACGGGCUGAUCAAUCACGACCGGAUUCAUCUGCGACGUGAGCCUAGCUUGGACGCUAUCAAGGACGAGAUUCAGGAUGUUGCAAGGAGUUCGGCCGCGGCGUCGGAGCGAGCGGGAUAUCUCAGACGCGUGGUGAGCGACGGUGAACUGUCCGAUAAUGACGUGCACAGGCGGAGAGAGAGAAGUGUCGGCACCGAUAUUAACGGUAAUCACCCAACGGCGGCCACGUACCGGAAGAAGCUAUCUGACGUUUACGACAUAUCUCCGGAAAUGACGACAACGACGACACGAGAAAGUCCCAGGAAGGAACCGAGCAUCGCGGAGAUAUCCGAUGUCAUGCUGUCUCCCAAGGGCGCCUUGGGUGACGAGUUUUGGCACGAGUACCUGCGCCCGGAUUCCAACACCUCUAACGCCAACAGCAACCACAGCACUGAAGCGGACUUUAGUGCGUACAGCCGCCUCUGCCAAGACCUGGUUAACCUGAUUAAAGGCGACGAUGAGUUGCCGAAUACGGACCAAGCCGUCGCCACUGUUGCGCCGGCCGAUAAUAAAUCGCGCGACAUUAAGCGCGAGGUCGACGAACUCUCCACAGGUAGCCGCGCGCGGUCUUCCGCUGAUCAUUACUCCGGGUGUCAGCGUGCCGUGUGUACUCACGACAAGCGCAGCACAGUUGAGAACACGACGAGUUCAACCGCGGACUCGGCGGAGCCAACGUCAACUGGCAACCUUGAUUUCUAUCUUCGCGUGGCGGACGAGAACGUGAAGUUGAUCGCAGCGGCUUUUGGCAGCGUGGCCGACCAUAUGCGUGACAGUCGUCGGUUCUCCAUGCGCAAGAAUUCGUUGACCUCGCGCGAUGUUUCCGAAAUUGAGAACCGCAGCGUUAGCACACGCAGCUCCACUGCUUACAGUCCGGAUGACGCGUGCGACGUUCACCUUCAACCUGCCACCGUCGUCUCCCCGAGACUUGAGGAGGCCCGCGUACUUUCCAAACGCGAUUCUUUCACCAGCAACGAAGGGGACCAAGGAAUCAGCUCCGACUCAAACUUCGAACAGGACAACAUUCUCACUGCCGACGUGGAGCUGGACCUGUCCAGAGCCGUCCGCGACCUGCAACUGGCCGCGGCCAGUCUAUGCGAGCACGAACGAGAGAUCGAGGAUCUAGGAAUAGCACGCGAUAGGAAAAUCGACACUAGUGUUCGCGAUACAACAUCGACAACUGUCUCCAACACGGACGAACACGAGGGUGAUAGUCCUAUUCGCAAAAUCAACCUCAUCAUCGACGUUCUGAGGAAAGAGCAAGAACGUCAUCAGAAAGAGGAGGAGGAGGAGCAGGAGGAGGAGGAGGAGGAGGAGGACAAGGAAGAGAAGGGUAUUCACAACGUAACAUCGGUGACUACCAUCAGCGAGGACGAGAAGCAGGAUAAGAGCCUUGUUCGUAAGAUCAGUCUCAUCGCCGACGACUUGAGGCAGGAGCGGGAACGCGACCAGGAAGAGGUGAUGGUGCUGCCGAGCGGAGUCACGGAAACGCGACGCGGCGUGCGCAAGGAGAGCUGCGAAGGUGAGCGCACAGUGUGCGAGCAUGAUCGUAAAUCGUCCCGCUAUGUUGAGGACGCGCGGUCUUGUGUCACUAACAUCAUAACUUGUGCCACGAUAACGACGUACUCUAUGCUCCUGCUCGCUUGUCUCCUUGCAUUGCUUUUAGCGAUCGUAGCAGCGUCCUGAUGGCCGAUAUGGGUUCUUUUAUAUAGUGCACGGACCACCAGGGAUUGCAAUGUUUGUACUGUUGUGUCGUUGUGUCGCGAGCAUCAGUGAUAGAGACGCGAGAGAGCACAUCGUCCCAUCGUUCUCAUCGUCAUUGUCAUGAAUCUGACUCGUCCCAUGUGUGUGUUUUGUGUUCAUGUGCAAAUGUUACUAAUGUCGCAGGUCUCCAGGCGCUCGCUCGCUCAGAUUGACGAUCGCACUGAAAUGCUCGUUUGAACUACUGAUGGUCGGCGAGAGUGAUAGUGCGAGAGAGAUAGAGAUAGGGAAAAAGAAAGAAAAGUAGAGAGAGAGAGA